AUGGCCAUCCAAGGUCGAGAGGACCACCACAGAGAAGCCUCGACGCUCACGAUGUGGUGGCGCAAGCUGCUGCCGGCGAAAGAAGGGGCGGAAUGCACGUGCCACAAGCUGCCAUACCACGCCGAGGCCAAGCGCCGGGCCAAGGCCGCCAAGAAGUGCCACAAGAAGAUAAAGUCCAUGUUUAUUUGGUCGCCGAUGCAGCUGCCGCGCAAAUACGCCGGUGACGCGCGGGAUCGCGCGAUCGUGGGCGGCCGGCCCGUCCCGUUCAUUCCGUCCCAGAACGACAAGUGGAAGACGCACCGCAAUAGCAGCUCGUUCGAAGCCAUUGACGAAGACAUUCUGUGCACCUUUUGCGCACAGACGCGUGACGAGAGCGACGUCGACGAGUGGUGA